UUUUAAUCCGUGGGUGUGGUAGAGAGGGGAUGUAAUAGUCAGAAUACGCGAGGACUGCGCGCCAGUUAAAACACCCUCGCCGCCUCUCUGGUCCUCUUUCUCUAUGGGUGUAGUGACAUUCUUGGGGUACUAGCACGUGUGCGUGUUUUGUCCCCCACCCCCCAAUUGGGGCACUUGUCCCCCUGUUACCCCCCGUGCAAAAUAAAAAAUUUGUGCUGUUUUAAAAAAAAAAUCGGUUAAAAAAAAAUUUUUUUUUUUAAAUUAAAAUUUUGUUUUAUGAUACUAUUUAUAAUAUAAUGAAAACGGUUGUGAUUUGAGGAAACAAAAAUCGAAGGAUAAGUGAGAAUAGAAAGAAGAGAAAAUUAGUGAUGAUGGUGAUGAUGAUGAAGAUGGUGGUGAUGAUGAUGAUGAUGGUGGUGAUGAUGAUGAUGCUGAUGAAUGUUGAAUGCGGAAAUUUGGACACGAGGCGACACCAAAUAAUUAACGUGAUUGGCAACAGAAAGAAAUGAAGUUGUCCGUGUCGGCUUAUAGAGCACAGGCCAGCGCUCAACGGAAGAUCCUGUCCACCUAUCAGCAUCAGCUGAGUUACGGUGCGACCAGUCACGCUAAUUCUGCCCGGACCCCCUCUGAUCCCGCGGCGGUCCUUUCUAAUCUCAAGGUGGAUCGGGCGGAGAACGAGGAGGCCCAGGGGGGAGGUCUGGCGCCAUCUUCCGCUUACGGCAGCGGUCCAUCGAGUUCGAGAAUGGGCCCAGGGCCCGAUUCUGGAAGUAGUGGUCCGUCUUCGGCCCCGCAUUCGUUGGCCACGUCGCGCGACGAGGAAGACGACGAGGACGAGGAAAGUAGCGCGAGACGUACAAAUAGUCACAGCGACAGAUCUCGGUUUGCAGGAAUGCAUCGUAGACCAUCGCUGCAGAAGUCCUUCAGCAAUGGACUUGGAACAACGUCGACGACAUCCAAUUCCCUGGACAGCAUUUGCGGGGACUCGGGAAUACCGGAUGCUGCACGAAGACCCCGUAGUACCCGGGGAUCACAAAAAUGGAGUAAUGUUCGCGCAGUCAUGGCGCUCUAUUCCUCCCUUCGCAAGAUCAAGAGAACGAAGAGCAAUCAGCGUUGGAUGAAAUUAAGGACAACCGUUCAACUCUCCUCGGCAAUACAGACGAUCCAAAAGAAACCGCCAUUAAAACGUGAGGAUUCUUUUUUAAAGAGAUUUUCCACGAGACAAAUACCAGAGAGUCAGGAGACAUUGGACACUGCUGAGGGCGAGGGUGAUCCAGCGGACGAAAAAAAUCCCAACACACGACGACGACGUCCAAGAAGACCACAAAAACCACCUAAAACUGUUGUCAAUCCGGAUGAAAACUUUUAUUACUAUUGGCUGAUGCUCCUCUCAGUUUGUGUCCUUUAUAAUCUCUGGACGUUGAUAGUGAGACAAAGUCUCCCGGAAUUACAAGCCCUAGCACCAGCCGCCUGGUUAGCCUGUGACGGAUUCACCGAUCUUGUCUUCUUUCUAGACGUUGGUGUUCAAUUUCGUACCGGCUAUUUAGAACAAGGUCUCAUGGUCUACAACAAUAAAAAACUCGCCGGACACUAUGUUAAAUCGAAAUCCUUUGUAUUGGAUCUACUCGCACUAUUGCCACUCGAUUUACUCCAGGUGAACCUUGGCAGUAAUCCACUACUCAGGUUUCCACGAUUUCUCAAGAUCUAUCGAGUCUACAAUUACUAUUACAUGGUGGAGUCGCGAACAGUAUAUCCAAAUCUUUGGCGUGUUCUCAAUCUAAUUCAUAUUCUUCUAAUUCUUGCACAUUGGUUUGGAUGCUUCUACUAUCUACUGAGUGAGGCGGAGGGCUUUCAGGGCGACUGGGUCUAUCCUUAUCGACCUGGAGAGUACGCAACGUUAACUAGAAAAUAUCUCGGAUCACUCUAUUGGUCGACACUCACCCUCACGACGAUUGGCGAUCUACCGACCCCGGAAACCAACGCCGAAGUCAUAGCGGGCGGCAAUCCCCGGAGCCUCGCUCGUCGUGGCCGACUGUCCCGGCUUCUGCAGUUCAAGCAUAAUGGAGGAUAUGUCUUCACCAUCAUCAGUUACCUGAUUGGCGUCUUCAUAUUUGCGACAAUUGUCGGCCAAGUGGGAAACGUAAUAACAAAUCGAAACGCGAAUCGCCUUGAAUUUGAGAGACUAUUGGACGGUGCAAAAACAUACAUGCGACAUCAUAAGGUACCGGGCGGUAUGAAGAGACGUGUAUUACGUUGGUAUGACUACAGUUGGUCGAGGGGCAGAAUACAGGGUGGGGGCGAUAUCAACACUGCCCUUGGUCUACUGCCAGACAAGCUUAAAACGGAAUUGGCUCUUCACGUCAACCUUUCGGUACUCAAGAAGGUCACCAUUUUUCAGGAAUGUCAACCAGAAUUUUUGCAUGACCUAGUUUUAAAGAUGAAAGCCUACAUUUUCACCCCGGGCGAUUCGAUAUGUCGUAAAGGAGAAGUUGCACGAGAAAUGUUUAUAAUAGCUGAUGGAAUAUUGGAAGUAAUCAGUGAAACUGGCCGAGUACUCACAACCAUGAAAGCCGGGGACUUUUUUGGCGAAAUUGGAAUACUGAAUCUCGAUGGAUUGAACAAACGAACAGCUGACGUGCGAUCGGUUGGCUACUCGGAAUUAUUCAGCCUAUCACGAGAGGACGUUCUGGCGGCAAUGAAAGACUAUCCGGAAGCUCAAGAAAUUCUUCAAAACUUGGGUCGGAAACGACUAUUGGAAGCACAGAGGGUAGCGAGGGCUUUUCGACAACCAGCAUCGCCGGGACACGAUUCAUCGGACAAUAGCACUGGCAAAAGAAUAGUCGAUAAGCUCAAGUGCGAUGUGAAAGGAUUAAAGAACGUUUUGCGGAAGAGUCGACGAAACACGAGACCCGACGAGAGUCUGGAACUUCAACCACUGACGAGUAGAAUGGCUCCCUUGAGACGACAACACAAAGUCGAUGACAGUCAAGAGAUAACGAUUAUUUCCGAACCUCCGAUUUCGCCUCUUGGCGCUGGACUCCCAUUACUGUCGCGACUCCGACUCCUCAAGGAGAAGCAGGACCGUGAGGAGAAACGUGUCCUCAUGGAAAUACCAAAUCAAAUCGUGGAACAAUCUCAAUCUACCAUCGAUUCACAACCACCACCCACUCAGAAUGUUCCCCUCUUGCAGAGAAUUCUAAUGCUCAAAUCGAAAAGUGACAACGAGGCUCUCGGCGAGCGGGAAAUUAUCGUCAAGGAGCCACUCCUGACAAAACCAAUUAUCGAGGAAAGUGAACUUGAACAGAAACAAUCGUCGAGUUCGGAUUUGUCCGAGGUCGCCAAGGACGCUGCCACCUCAGCCGAUUAUGGCGUAUCGAAAAAGCCAUGGCAUCUGCUGAAGGACGCUUCCUUGACCACCAAGGACAUGUCCCCUCAGAAGAGUCCACCCGCAAGGCGGAUUCAAUUAAAACAAAGUCUGACCCACAUUCGACAGCAAACAAAAAUGUACGCCUCCGUUGAUGAUCUCUCACCUGAAUAUUGCGGUCUACCUUUCGUCAAAAAACUCAAGAUUCUAAACGAGAGACAAAAAUUAGCCGAACUCGAGAAGGCAGUGAGAAGUUCAAGUUUAGAUUGUGGUGAAUUGGCCGAAAUUGGUUUCGAUGGGAACUUAACUCGAAGUCACUCCGAGGCAUGUGCCAUUGAAUAUGCAAGAAAAUUGGCAAAAUUAAAUAGAUAUCGUCGUGCAAUAUCAUCACCAGAUCAAUUAUCACCGGAGAACGAGACACUCGAACGAAGAAAUUUAAAAAGUAUUCUCAAGAAAUUAUCAGCUGAGAGUAGAACUGGAAGUUCGGAGGUAUCGGUGACGAGUACACCAGACAGAGAAAGGGCAACGGCAGAAUUUCGAAGAUUGAUGCGUGCCCCAACGAUAGAGGGCUACGCGGCAAGACACUCGAAAUUAUCGAAAAGCGUCACUUUCAAUAAGUACACACUUCAGAGUCCACCGUCCGAGGAAUCACCUAGCAACUCACCGUUGUCGAGUCAGGGUCUUUCUCAUUCCCAGGACCAGAUCUCACUGCCACCGCCCAAUAAAAUUAGUUUCCGUCCUCUGGGCAGUGGGGAACUACAAAUGGUUCCUAGGCAAAAGGAAGACGACUUCUUGGGGGAACUCAUCACCGGAAUCAAAGAUGUCGUUCAAUCAAGAGUGGAUGAAAUUCAACUGAGGUAUCAAAAAGAUUACACAUCAUUGGAGCUGGAGAUUAGAAAACGCGACGAAAUAAUCUCCCAGCUGCAAAUGCGAAUAAUCCAACUGGAGCAGCAAAAGUCUCGCAGUUGUGAUGAUUCGGACGACAGUACAGAGGCUGAGGGUUCAAUGGAGGAGGACAUUGUGGAGGAUCGUGAGGAUCAUCCAUUUAUGCGUGACGGUUCAGUUGAUACUGUUCUUUCGGCGCAGCAACCGCGCUUAAGACAUUCAUCACCAUCAACGGAUUCGUCGAUUAAUCGAAGAUCCUGGGAGGAGCACUCCGAGGAGGAGACACUUGAACUUCAGGAUCUUCCGCGAUCAAUUACACCCCAAAGUAUUUGGAAGGAGGACGUAGCGAUAGAUGUUGAUAGUGAUUUAAGUAGAUCAGAUGAUGAUAUUGCUGGUGGUGCAGCAAGGUGCAGUGACACUGAUGACGAUGAUGAGAGUGCACAUAAUAAUUGGGAAGUGACAAUGUUGGCUCAACAACUUGAGGCAAGAAGAAAAAGUAGCGGAAGUUCGAGAUCGGGUUCCUAGCGCAUUAAUGAAUUUCUCGAAAUACUCUACUAUUACAAAAACACUGAGAAUCCGAGGGUAUGGCUAAAUCCAUUAGAGCGAGACGCUAAUGCACCUUUUUGCGAAGACGAUUGUCCUUAUUUGGGUUUUAAUAAUCUGAAAAUCUGUAACGAGACAAUGAUGUAGUUUCUUUGGUUUAUUUUCCCAAACUUCAACUCUUUCUUUUAGGGGAUUUUUUUUCUUAUUUUUCCCCCAAGGGUAAAAAUUGAUAUUUUUAAACGAAUAACUAGUCUCGCUCUUUUGGAUAAAAGUGCACAAAGUUUUCUUAGAAGAAUACAGUUUUGUCAUCUAAUAUUCGAAAAUCUCUGAACAAAACUGCUAUAAUAAAAAAAAUUUAUACGAGCUCUAUCUCUCUCUCUCAUAAAUAAUAUUGUAAUCAGUGUAGAUAGGAAAAAUGAAAAUUGCUUCUAAAUUUUUGUUUCCCUUUUCUUAACAACAAAAAUAGAAAAUACAUGUAAAAAAUCGAAUUCCCCCUUUACUAGCGUGUAUGUGUGUUUAUUAAUAAAAGCUAUUUUCUAUGGACACGUUUUUCGUUAUAGAUUCCAUAUUUUUCUACAUCUCUCGGAUUUACUUUUGUACAUUCCAGCGUAGAGUCGUAAUAGGUUUAUUAUAAAAAGAAAACACAGUAUUGACGGACUCGACGAAUUACACUCUCUCACAACUUGAUUUUUGAAUUGUAAAUAUUCACAGGUGCCUGAAAGAAUGUAUUACUUGGGAUAUUUAGAAUUUAAAUGGCGAAAAAGAAAAUGAAAUAAAAAAGAGUCAAA